AUGCAUACCGAGGUUAAACAGCCUGGUAUUUUAAGUAAUCAGUUUCUUGACAGCUCGCGGGACGAUCCACGCCAAGCGAAGAUUAGAAUUCGACACGUGGCGACCUUGCCGUGGUAUCAGCCAUUAUACGAUUCUUUUAUAGUCUGCGGAGAAGCGGAGUGCGUUCGAUUAGUCUUGGCAGCUGGUGCACGACCUUCCACUCCUGAUUUACGCGGUGGUUCUCCGCUUCACUACGCCGCCCAAUGCUGCGGCGCGGCCGCCACAGCCGAGCUCGCGGUUCCUAAAAAGAUCGGUUUGAAAGUUCUGCAAACGCUCCUGGAAUUCGGCGCGGAUGUAAAUGCAAAGGACGAAGACGGACGACAGCCAAUCUUGUGGGCGGCAAGCGCGGGUAGCGUGGAGGCUGUAUUAGCUCUGGCGAGAGCUGGAGGAUCGGCGGCUGCGGGUACUUCGGACAAAGACGGAUUGACAGCGCUUCAUUGCGCAGCUUCCCGGGGCCACGCGCGAUGCGUGGAAACAUUGGUCAACUUGUGCGGAUCUCAUCCCGACCACGUGGACGAUAAUGGCUGCUCCGCGUUACACUACGCCGCCACUUUGGGUCACGCUGAUGCCACCGCACUUAUUCUUAAACUCGGUGCAGAUCCCAAUCGUCAGGAUCGAAAGGGUAGAACACCGGCGCUUUGCGCCGCGGCUAAGGGCCAGUUGGAAACCUUGAAGAUUCUAAGUCAGCACGGCGGUUCGCUUCACGCCAGAACUGUACGAGGUACAGGGAUCGGCCAUGAGGCUGUCGCAUCUGGUAGAAUCGAGUUGAUAAAGUGGCUGGCGAAAAGAAGACCGAGCACGUUGGAUGUCGCUACGCACGACGGCAAAACGCCUCUUCACGUCGCAGCCUUGCACGGCUACUUGGACGCGUGCAAGAUCCUUUUAGAUCAAGGCGCGAAAAUCAACGCUGUUCUUAGGACUAGCAAGGGCAACUCAAUGACUCCACUGGACGCGGCUCUCUACAGAGGACAUCGAGAUUGCGCGAAAUUGAUCCAGAUGCACGGUGGCAGUACGGCUCAGCAAUUGAGGACGCAUAAAACUGCACCGAACAAAGUUUUCACAGCAAAGUUUCGAAUGAAACAUGAUGGGAGUAGCUCCGCGAGCGAUAGUAGUCCUUGUAGAAAAGGUCACAGAAGGCACAGACAUCCCGAACUCUAUUACGAGGAACGAUGGGUAGAAAGGAGAACGCGGCGAAAAAGUAAUUCAAAAAAGCUGGCUCGUCGGGAUAGUCGAAGUUUUAGCGAAGAGGAAGUGCGAUUAUCGAAGACAUCCACGAAAAAAGAUGAGAGAAGAGCUAGAAGCGAAUCCGCGCGAUAUGAUGAUAAUGGCAACAGCGGACGCAAUCCGCGAAGAAAACGAAGCAGAAGAAUAUCGAUGAGUCACAAACGCGAAUAUUCAGAUUCGUCGAUCGAAUCUGAUAGCUGCGACUAUUCUCACGACGACGAUGAAACUGAAGUAACCGUACAGCGGCAACGCGCAAAAAUGCAGCAGGAAACAAGAAGGAACAAGAGUAAGAGCUCUAAUGAAACAACAGCCAAAGACAGCUCGAAAAAAGAGGACAAUGAUGACAAUCAAAGUGUAAGCGACGACAGCUUAGAGGUGAUUGUGGUGAAAAAAUCGCUAGAAAAAAAAUGCGAAAAGAUGGUAUCCGGAAGAAGAUCAAAGACUCCUAGAGAAUGCACAAAGGAGACAAAACUGACUAAAAUGCACAAACGUAGCUCCAAGAAGACGUCCAGAUCUGGCAAAUCAAAAAGAUCCGAUAAUGAUGAAAAUGCAGUGGCUCGAGAUGACUCGCCCGAUAAGAAAGAAAGAAGCGCAGCGAUAAGAGAGCCAAUGCGUACUUCGGGAACACCACUCGAAGAGGAUGAAGUUGAUGAGAGGAUAAUAGAAUCUCGAUAUCGCAGAGACGCGACAGACAGCACCAGUCAGGAAACUGUGGAGCAAGUAAUUGUCACGGCGAUGGUUCACAAGGAUCAAAUGCCCGACACUCCAAAAUCAACGUUGGAUAUAGCGAGGGAGAUUAGCUAUCAAGAUGUUUUAAAAAAGAAAACGAUGGAGACAGAAGAGACGAAGGAAAUUUCCAGAGAUAUUACUACUUCCGAUAAAAAUGAAACGGCAUCGUCGCACAAAAUGGAUAGGCAAGAUGUCUCUGGAGAAAGCGUACCGAAAGGGACGCAAGAAAAUUCCGAAAUUACUGAAGAAAUCCAAGAUGAAGACGAGAGAGCCAAGAAAACGAAUGAUGAGAUGCAAGACAGGUUAGAUACAUCCGAGGACGUAACACCGAGCAACGAUACGCACGAAAAGCAAAAAACGGACGAGGACGAAAUACCUGAUAAAUUAUCUUAUUUAAGUAUCGAACUUAAUGCUACUGAAGAAAGCGUCAAUGAGAGGAGAGACAGUUCUAAAGACGAAGAGAAAACCGAUAAGCAAUCUGUUUUGGAUCAAAAGGACCUUUCCCAACAUUCUAUUACCAUGGACGAAGAAAGCGGAAAAUCCAUUUCCGAAGAUUCGAAGCGAGAGGAGAACGCAAAAACUGCUCCGAAAAAGACUUCAUCGGAUAAUGAAGAAUCGAAAACACCGUCUUCAAGAAAAUUAGAGGUACACGAAACUGCGAGUAGUGUCCAAAAGGAUAAAAUUACAGGUCAAACAGGAGAGGAAGAAGGCGAGACUUUGACAAAACAAAUAUCCAUGAAAACAGUCGCCAAAGAGAGCUCCGAAUCGAUUGAAGAUGCCAAAUCAAAAGAGGAUGAAAAUUUGAACAAGCACGAUGAAAAAUCUACGGGCGUGUCAUCAACGGAAUCGAUGUUGAAUGUGAAGGAAACUCUUUCUCCGGAAAGGACGCUUCGUGAUAAGAACUCGGAGAAUGUUAAUGGAUCAGACAAUAGAGAACAAUCAGAGAUUGAAACAAGGGGCAAAGAUUCUUAUUCUAUCGAUGAUAGUUGCUCGAGUUCUCCAAAGUCCUUGAAGCCAGUGAAGACAAGACGCUCGAGACCAUCUACGGGAAGGAACGCGAGGACAGGAAGGUCUUCCUCAAAUAUAUUAACGAAGAAACAUCUGUUUGAAAGUUCGGAAGAGUGUUCGCCGCAUCAGCGUGCGAUAGUCGCGGUGAUAGAUAGCCCAGAAUGGGACGAAGACGAGGCGGUUGAACAGGAAAUCAGACAAGCACUCGGAGAGGAUACACUGGAGCGCGAUACGGAGCACGAAGAAGACAAUGAGAUUGGUGUUAUGCGAGUUUUGCCAAGUACGAGCGAGGAAGAGACUCCUAGCACGACUUUAGGUACAUCUAGAACCGCCAGGAUUAACUCUUUGCCUCAGAUACAAUCGACCACUAGCAACCGUUUAGUUACAAUCGAAAAUUCCGAUCAUGCCCAUCGAGAACGAUUCUGGCGGAAACAACGUCGCGACAGCGGAGGUAGAGACAGCGGGAUAGAGCCGAGCCCGAGAGUAUCGAGAAUUCCACGGAGGCGAAACGCAAGAUGUUGUCCGAAUACGGCGAAACAGCAAGCUCUCAAUAUGGAGACCAUCACUAGGGAUGUGCAAAUUAGUCUGCGGCGUUAUUAUCUCGAAAGAAAGAUCUUUUUCCAACUGAUGGAACUAAAGAGAUUGCAGAUUCGUCACGGUAGAGCGAACGAGCAUGUUCUGGUGAAAAGACAGGUGGAAGCUUUUAAUAGAUCUGGCAUGUCUGGACCCAUUCUUGGCGUCGCGAAGUACGAUCAACCAUUAACGUUCAGACAAUUCGAAGCGUUCCUGUAUGAACAAUUGAGAAGAUUACAGGGAAGACCAACCACUCCAGAUUUUUGCACCGAAGCUAAACAAUGCACCCAAAAGACUCAUCGUUGCCAUCACGCGACUAGCGCUUACACUUCUAUUCCAGUGUAUACGUAUCUAGGUGGAGACGCCCCAGAUCGAGCGGAACAUCUUCCGAAGAUAGAGAGUCGCGGCAGAGGACAUAUGACGGUGGAAGUGACGCAUGGAGAAGAAAAACAGGUGAUCGCUCUUCCGACUGAGAAGUUAGAUCGUACCAAAAAAUAUUUUGUUACAUUCACUGUAAGAGGCGAAACGCAAGACGAUGAGAAAUCCAAAUCAUCCUGCAUACGAAGAAAUGCAAAGAGUGUGUAAACAUUUUUCAGAUAGACUUCUUCUCCUAAUCUGAUGAUUAAUGAAUGAUUAAUAACUUGCGAGAAAAACAGAAGUUAAAAAAAAAAAGUAUAUGUCGAGAAUUGAGUUUUGUGUGUAGGAAAAGAAAUAUGCUUUCAAAAGCAGUGGACUUUACGUUCUCUACUUUAUAAAAAAUGUAGAGAAUUGUUGCCAUGCGAAUAAUUUUGUUUUAUUCUUUCAUAAAAAAGUUUUCUAUUUUAGAUAUUUUUUGUCAAUUAUAAAAAAACUUUGAUAUCUUUUUUUUCCUUAAAUCCAAUAAUUCUUCUCAGAAAAAUUUGCUUGACGCACAACAAUAAUAUAAGAAAUACAUCUCAAAACUGCCAGACAGAAUAAAA